CGUUCGUAGCAACCGACCCGGCACAAACGCGUCCCGAAACCAAACGCAAACCCAAAACCCAAACCCACCCACACAAACACUACAAUCUACGACAAACCUACGACUCCUCCAAGAUGUUCGCCACCAAGUCCGCUGUCCGAUCGGUAUUCUCGAGGACCCGACCGACCGCCCUCCGAUCCUUCUCGAACACUUCCGCGACCCUGGCGGAUCAAUACGACGUCGUCGUUAUAGGUACGCAACUGUCACGCAACGGUGAAGCGGGGCACGACGAUUGUGUUGCCUUUUGCCGGGUGCGGUGGCAACUGCAACUGCUUUUGGUGCUGCCACCGCAGUUGGCCCGCGAGGCACUACCGGGUGGCUCGGAACGCGGGGUGCAUCCACGCACCGUUGUCGGUAUCUUGUUCGUUCUCUCAACACUCUCCCCGAACUUUUUUUUUGCUUACCGAACGAGUUGCUUUCUUGCUUGCCUGUUUGUUUGCUUGCUUGCUUGAUUAAUUGUUUGCCUAUGUCUGUAUCCACGCAUCUGCCUGCCUGUCCGCCACGCUACGCUACGAUAUCUGCCAAUCCACCCCAGGCGGAGGCCCCGGCGGAUACGUCGCCGCCAUCAAGUCGGCCCAGCUGGGACUAAAGACGGCCUGCGUCGAAAUGAGGGGCCGCCUGGGAGGAACCUGCCUGAACGUGGGGUGCAUCCCCUCCAAGGCCCUCCUCACCUCCACGCACCACUACCACGACGCCAAGCACCACUUUGCGGACCACGGGGUCGUCAUCGACGGAAACAUCAGCAUGGACGUCGACAAGAUGCAGGACACCAAGGCCAAGUCGGUCGAGGGACUGACGGGGGGCAUCGAGUACCUCCUCAAGAAGUACGGCGUGGAAUACCACAAGGGGAAGGGAAGGAUCACCGGACCCAACGGCGUCGAGGUCGCCCUCAACGAGGGGGGCAGCGAGAGCCUCGACACCAAGAACAUCCUCAUCGCCACCGGAUCCGAGGUCACGCCGCUGCCCCCGGUUCCCGUCGACAACGAGGGAGGAAAGAUCGUCGACAGCACCGGGGCGCUCGAGAUCCGCAAGAUCCCCGAGAAGAUGGCGGUCGUCGGCGGGGGGGUCAUCGGACUGGAGAUGGGAUCGGUCUGGGCCCGCCUCGGAGCGGAGGUCACCGUCAUUGAGUUCCUGGACCGGAUCCUCCCCAGCAACGACCACGAGAUCGGAAAGAAGUUCCAGACCACCCUCAAGAAGCAGGGAUUCAAGUUCAACCUCAAGACCAAGGUCRUCAAGAGCGUCGUGGAGGACGACGGCGUCGUGCUGACCACCGAGCCGGCCAAGGGCGGGGACGCGAAGGAAGAAAAGUACGACGUCGUCCUGGUCUCCACCGGCCGCCGGCCCUACACGGAGGGCCUCGGCCUGGAGGACGUGGGCAUCCAGACGGACCAGCUCGGACGCAUCGAGGUCGACUCCCACUUCAAGACCGCCGUCCCGUCCAUCUACGCGAUUGGCGACUGCAUCAGCGGCCCCAUGCUCGCCCACAAGGCCGAGGAGGAGGGCAUCGCCGCCGUCGAAACCAUUGCCGGCUUUGCCGGCCACGUCUGCUACGACGCCAUCCCGGGCGUCGUCUACACCUACCCCGAGGUCGCCAACGUCGGAAAGUCGGAGGAGGAGCUCAAGGAGGCGGGGAUCGCCUACAACGUGGGCAACUUUCCCUUUUCCGCCAACUCGCGGGCCAGGGCCAACGGGAGCUCGGAGGGAUUCGUCAAGGUCCUGGCGGACAAGGAGACGGACCAGAUCCUCGGCGUCCACAUCAUCGGUCCCAAUGCCGGCGAGAUGAUCGCCGAGGCCGUCAUCGCCAUCGAGUACGGCGCCAGCUCGGAGGACAUGGCCCGGACCUGCCACGCCCACCCCACGCUGAGCGAGGCCUUCAAGGAGGCCUGCAUGGACACCUACGACAAGCCCAUUCAUUUCUAGAGCAGGAAACAAACACAAGAUGUGAU